CUCGGCGGGCCGCUCUGACGUUUUGAUCCCUUCCGAGAACUUAACAGGAUCGCCGAGCCCUCGGAGCGGCUUUUCCCGCUGAGCCGGGCUCAGGCGGGCGGGCUUUGGCCCUAAUCCGCCCGGGGGCGGCCGCGCCGGGCCCGGCCCCGCCGGGGAGCUCUGGCGCCGGAGCCGGAGAGGAGCCGGAGCCGCGGAUAUCGCCGCGGAGAUCGAUAUAUCGCUAUAUCGCUAUAUCGCUCGCCCCCGGAGCCGGUUGGGCGGAGGGAGGGAGUUUGUGAGCGGCGACAGCGGCACGGAGAGCGCCAAGGGUUAGUGUGACUGGUAACAAGGCAAGAAAUACUGACCGAGGAAGAAUGUGAGAACUCUGUGUAAGUCACAGCUAUCAUUUGGAUGUUGAUAUGUAAAGCAAAAUGGCAAAAAUCAACACCCAGCACUCCUACCCUGGUAUGCACAGACUGUCUGUCAGAACUACUGAUGAAGAUAUUGAAAGGAUUGAAAAUGGCUUUAUCAGAACCCAUUCAGUGUGUGAGGAUACGUCUUCAGAACUGCAGAGAGUCAUUUCUAUGGAGGGAGGACAUUUAUCUGGAUCCCAGACGAGCUCAUUCACAGGCAGGGGAGCAAUGGCAAGGCUGUCACGAUUUGUCGUAUCUCUGAGGUCAUGGGCCACAAGACAUUUGCGCCAUGAAGACCAAAGACCUGAUUCUUUCCUAGAGCGAAUCCGAGGGCCAGAGCUCAUAGAGGUGUCCAGUAGGCAAAGUAACAUCCGUUCCUUUCUGGGCAUCCGUGAACGUCCUGGGGGAGUAAACAGGAAGAAAAAAGAGAUCUUCGUGAUAGAUCCUUCAAGCAAUAUGUACUACAACUGGCUGACCAUAAUUGCAGCACCCGUGUUCUAUAACUGGUGUAUGCUAGUGUGCAGGGCCUGCUUUGAUGAGCUACAAAUUGACCAUAUUAAAGUAUGGCUGUUCUUGGACUAUUGCUCCGAUGUAAUCUAUGUUUUUGACAUGUUUGUUAGAUUCAGGACAGGCUUCCUGGAACAAGGCUUGCUAGUUCAGGACGAAAAGAAAUUACGAGACCAUUACACCAGAACUGUGCAGUUCAAACUGGAUGUGAUGUCUCUUCUGCCGACAGACCUGGCGUACCUGAAGCUUGGUUUGAACUACCCCGAGCUGCGAUUUAACCGCUUGCUGAGGAUUUCCCGACUGUUUGAGUUUUUUGACCGCACGGAAACCAGGACAAAUUAUCCAAACAUGUUUCGCAUUGGAAAUCUCGUCUUGUACAUCCUUAUCAUCAUCCACUGGAACGCGUGCAUAUACUUCGCCAUUUCGAAGCUCAUCGGCUUUGGAACCGACUCGUGGGUCUACCCCAACGUGUCCAUUCCGGAGUACGGGCGCCUGUCCAGGAAGUACAUUUACAGCCUCUACUGGUCAACGCUCACGCUGACCACCAUUGGAGAAACACCGCCCCCGGUGAAGGACGAAGAGUAUCUCUUUGUGGUCAUCGACUUCCUGGUGGGCGUGCUGAUCUUCGCUACCAUUGUCGGUAACGUGGGCUCCAUGAUUUCCAACAUGAAUGCCUCCAGGGCAGAGUUCCAGGCCAAGGUCGAUUCUAUUAAGCAGUACAUGCACUUCCGAAAAGUGACUAAGGACUUGGAAGCCAGGGUUAUUAAGUGGUUUGAUUACCUCUGGACCAACAAGAAAACGGUGGAUGAGAAGGAGGUUCUCAAAAAUCUGCCCGACAAGUUGAAGGCUGAAAUUGCCAUCAAUGUCCACCUGGACACGCUGAAGAAAGUGCGCAUAUUCCAGGACUGUGAAGCUGGACUUCUCAUUGAGCUGGUGCUGAAACUGAAACCUACGGUCUUCAGUCCUGGGGACUACAUUUGCAAAAAGGGAGAUAUUGGGAGAGAAAUGUACAUUAUUAAAGAGGGAAAACUGGCCGUGGUGGCAGAUGAUGGCGUAACCCAAUUUGUAGUCCUAAGCGAUGGCAGCUACUUCGGUGAAAUCAGCAUCCUGAACAUCAAAGGUAGCAAAUCUGGCAACAGGAGGACAGCCAACAUAAGGAGUAUUGGUUAUUCUGAUUUGUUCUGCUUGUCUAAAGAUGAUUUAAUGGAGGCCCUCACAGAAUAUCCAGAAGCCAAAAAGGCUCUGGAAGAGAAAGGGCGACAAAUUCUGAUGAAAGACAAUUUAAUAGAUGAGGAAGCAGCAAAAGCAGGAGCUGACCCAAAAGACUUGGAAGAAAAAGUAGAAAGACUUGAAACAGCUCUGGACACGCUGCAGACUAGGUUCGCUAGGCUCUUGGCAGAAUACAGCUCUUCUCAACAAAAAGUGAAGCAGAGACUUGCCAGAGUAGAAACCAGAGUGAAAAAAUACGGCAGCGGCACCUUAUCAGUUGGAGAAGCAGAGGCUGAAAAGCCGGAGGAGCAGAAAAAUAACUGAUGGAGUAUUUAUAUUUCCUUAAUGGAGAAGGUUGAAAGGUGUGAAAGCCAUAAAUGUAUAUAAAUGUGUGUGCAUACAUAGCCAUGAUUAUUUUUAUAUGGACUCAAGAGAAUGGUUUUUAGCAUUUUUAACUGAAGCAGUAUUUUCUUGUAAAUAGGACAUUGUCACCUUCUUCAUGGGGGGAAGAUUCUGGUCUGUCAUUUGGGUACUUUUUUUGUACUGGGAGCGGGUUUCUUACAGGUCAUGCUCAGAACGUCUUCUGUGUAUGCUAUGUGUACACCUUGACACAUUGUCUCUUCACGUGCAUGUUGUGUUACGAAGGCAUUGUGCUUAAACGAGAGGGGUUGUUUUUUAAAGGGCUUAACGAUACUUAUAGGGUACGUGCUCUACCUUGCUACCUUGCUAGCCUAUUAAACGCAUGGAUGCACAGCUGGG